AUGGAGGUGAUGUCUCCAGAGAUGACAGACCCAAAGCACAGGUCAUCAGAAAUAGGUCAAAAGUCAGCCUUUAUCAGUACACCCCCACCAGGUGUGACAAACAAGCUCAUCCCUAAAAAUGAGACAUACAGUAAGCAUAUAGCCGGCAGUGGACUGAAAACCUGGGGACAGAUCUGUCAAUCAGAAAGCACACUUCCCAGCCACAGGCCGUCUGUCAUACAGCACACACAGAAAAUUAAACCUGCUCAUCAGAACUCACCUGGCCCCAAGGCAGCUGCUCACAGUAUAGACCAAAGAUUGUCUGGCCCCCACCCUGCCACCAGCCCACCGCCCCCCAGACAAGCUCUUCCUGCUCACUCUAACCAUCUGAAGCGCUCCUACCCGCCUUAUUUGGAUCCUGCAGGUCUGGGUCAACCCAUACAUCACAUAUCACCAUACCAUUACACUCCACAACAGAACAGUCAGCCACUACACUCCACCAUGAAAAGGCCUAGACUUCAGGACCCAAGCAGUCCUCACUAUUACCUGGCACAGAUGAGGACCCUAGCUGGUGACUAUGUUGGCAAGGUCAGGGCUUCAGCGGCCUCAGAUACAAGGUUAACACAACCUAAACCAUCUCACCAGCCAGCCAUACCCAGACACAACCCUAUAGAUGAGCAGCCUACAGAUCUCAGUCUGAAGAAGAAACCGAAUUCAGAUGUGCUGGACAUGUCAAAAACCAGGAAUUCCACACCAACAAGAGAUAUUCCUCCCCAUGUCUAUCAUUUGUCACCGUCAGAGAGUCAUCAACGGCCUUUGUCACGAACCAUGCCUUCAUCUAGCUCCUCCCCAAAGCCGGCAGUGGUCAAGCGAGUGGAUAGAGCGUCGUCUUGUUCUCCUCUAGCUGUCAACAGGCAGGUAUCUCCUGUUCCUAGCAGAGGUCAGAAAACGGAGCUGGAUAAACUACCUUCUGCUCAUACAAUGAGCCCAGACCUAGCAAUGGCCGCAAAGACAUUCCCGUUGUCAUCAGAUGCAAGUCACAUGCUGCAUCCAGCGUUCCCACAUUCUUACCUCAGCCCAUCUAUUGUGCCUCAAAGAAUCUUACACAUCUCUCCCCAACAGCAUGUCCACAGCAUGUACGAGGCUCAGAUGAGGGCGAAUGUAGCACAGGCAGCUGCAUACGAUGAGAUGGUGAAGCUGAAUAUGUCCCAUAUCCAAGGCUCCCCAUCCCCCUCAGCACACACCAGCCAGGGUGCAUACUCACACAGCAGAACUGCAAGCCCCAGACACACCUACCCCAAGUAACACUGUAGAGUGAGGAUCAUGUCCUCAUGGAGACAAUCUGCCAGAAGACUUUAUGCCAUUCUGUGCCUUUCAAACAAUGCACGAUGGAAGUAGCUAGCACAUUCAUUCUACAUUUAUCUUUGUAUUCAUCGCUGCUGGCAGAUACUUCAUGGAUGAUCUGUUGAAUCUUGCCUAUUUUGCAUUUGAUGAGGAAAAACUCUACAAGAGUGCAGGCCAUUGUCUGACUUUUUGACUUGAAAUAUAUGCAUGUGUAGUAUACAGUGUUUUAUCUACUGGUUUCAUGCUAGCAAUUGUCAUUUAUGAUACUAACAUUGCAGAUUUUGUAAUACAUGUACUUCUGGGCAUUGUGUAACAUGCUGAAAAUGUGAGCGAGAGUAUAUAUACAACAUAUGUGUUGUUUUACAGAGGUAGUGCUUCAUGCUGCAUUUUUAAUGAUCCAUGUCAUCUAUCACAUUGUUAUUAUAUUUUGCAUCGUUCACAUGUGAUCAAAUGAUUUUUAUAAAAGCAACUGGAACAGAUGUUUACAUGCUCAUAAAUUGUAUUUUUGAGCCAUCACAUUUUUAUUAAACUUUCUUAUCAAUGAUUCUAUUGCUGAUGUUUAUAUGACAUCGCCACAUUUACAAUAUUCAACACAGAGAUGAUACAAAUCCGUCCGUCAAGUUACACUUCUCUCAUUACAUUCAUUGAUCAAAUGCAGAAAACUCACUGUCUCGGCACAAUAAUGUCUCUGGACAUUUGCAGUGCUCACUUUUGAAGUCCUGCCAAAUUUGUUACAUGUAUUUAGGUGUUUUUCAUAUAUAUACAUUUUGUUAGUAUUAAGUACACGUAAUCCGCUUUGGACAAGUCGGCUUUGGUUGAACUGAAUACUUUGUCAAAUGUAUUUCAUUCACUUUCUUGGAUGUAACCUGAAUUAAUGAACGAGAAGAAACAAAAAGCACCAACUGGGUUUCUGAUCUCAAGGAAUUCACAUUAUGUCCUGAAACUCAGUUCAAAUAAAAACUUCCUUUAAAUUUAUACAUUGAAAGAAGAAUUAAAACAAUAGUCGUCAUUUUAAAACUUCAGAUUUAUGAAUUUAGAUCCAGAAAAUAACCUGGAUACACAAAUUUGGGUUAUGUGACAAGUAUUAAGUCACACAUUUUGUCUUCAGCUCUGUGGUUUUACAGUUCUCUGUGUGUGAGACAGGUAAUGUUAUACUUUAUAUAUGGAGGUGCUGUGAUCAUGUAUUGUCACACAUGUUGAAGCAUGUUUAUUUACUAUAUGAUACAUGAUGAUUUGCUUAGGAAAAUAUUCUUUGACUAUGCAAUCUUACUGUAUUUAAACAUGUUCUUUUAAAACGUCAGAAUAAGAUCAUCAUCUUUUUUAUAGAAGACAAUGAAUAUGGCCAUGUUUUAAUAUUUUUUCAAAUCAUACUUGAAAGUUGACCGUAUUAGAAGUGUGUUACAAUUCUCUGUUCCAAACAGACACACAUGCUAUCGCAGUACAGUUUUCUGCUGGGUUAUCUAUGUUAUUACGCAGUUAGGAUAUGUAUGAAAGAGUGAAUUUAAGGAAAUGCACUCAAAUUUUAAUGCCUAUAAAUGCUGUGCAUUGAAUGGGAAAGGCAAGAUUUGUGUUCAGCAAUACAUGAUGAAUUGUAUUCUUGCAGUGGCAUGCAUUUGUUAAGUGUGUCUCACCUAUAUAUCAUUUCCAGGAACUCAUAAAAGAUAUGUGUCUUUCCAUCAGUAUGUUUGUGGUACAAAGUUACAUGAUGGUUUUCAGUUAAUGUAAAUAUUAGUUCACAGUAAUAGUAAAGUGUGAGAGGUAAUUUUUGUUUGUUUAUAGGCUCGUCUGGAAAGCUAAUGCUUGUAAGAACAUCUAUGAUGGACACAUACAUUGAGAGCCUUGUAGCAUUCCAAAACAUGGUUGAGGUCAAAAUCAAGUGUGACUAUUGGCCCAUUCUCACGAUGCGAUUUGUAGUACCAGCUUGUUGCAUUCGACUUGAACUGUUCAACAAAAAUUGCAUAUAACAUGGUCAGAUGCAACUUGUCCCGGAUAUCACGUUUUUUUUCGUUCAGUUCCGUUGAUAAGGUCUGGCAUUUUUGUGAGCAUGUUUGUCACGAUGAGUUGUUUACUGUAAUUUUACAUGAUGUGUAAUUUCAUAGUAGAUCUUGAGCAAUAGUAAGCAGUAAAUUGCUGGGUUUCAGUGAGCGGUACACCAUCUUGCUUUUCCCGUAACAAGCAUUUGUUUCUGCUUCUUCGGACAUGGUUGUUGACAAGCUUUGAUUGGUAACACAUAGGGGCAUAACUUAUGGUGGAAAAAAUUGAAACGAUUUGAUUGGAUAGCGCAAGCAUUUUGUAUCUCUGUUUCCUUCGACUAGCUGACAACUUGUUGAAUGUAACACAUGUCAAAAUGAUUCAGGUCUUCUGACGGUUUGACUCGGUUGUAUGCGUCAAGUCGGUACUACAAAUUGCACAGUGAGAACAGGCCUUAUACUUUUCACCCAUCUAUAUGUAUAUCAUUUGAUUUUGAACCUACCCUUUCGAAUCUACCAGUUACCUGCUGUUGUACCAUGAGUUAUUUUGCAUCAGUCGAGUGUAUUUUGUUAAUAUCCUAUGUUCACUUUUUGCAUCAGCGUAGUCUUAUUUUUUUUUUCCCUCUGGUCAAAGAAAACCAUUUUUUAGUAUUAAUGGGGAACUCCUAAAAUUUCCUCCUACCCUUUAACAAAGUGGUCCAAAGCAACAUACUUUUGCUCUUUCCUGGGCCACGUUCCACAAACCAUUCAAAGGUUAAAAAGUUGAUUGUAAUUCACCAUGGUGAUGCAUGUUAAAGUCAUAUGUUGCAGUGGUAGUUUCAGUAACCUUAGUCCACAUCACCUUAAUGGAACAGGGCCUAGUUGUGUGUCACAGUAUUUAGUGUAUUUGUCCUCAUAAAACAGUUAGAUAGUACACAUGCACUUUAAUACGGCAGAAUACCAGGUGUUUGUGCGAUUAGGGCCUGUCAGUGGAUCUCAUUUUAUUAGGUAAAUCUUGGAUGAAAUACAAAUAUGUUAUGGAAUGCUAAUGUGACUAAAACCAUCAGUAUGAUAAGUUAUUUGCCUGAACAUUCACAAACUAAAAUGUAAUUGUGGCAGCAAAAGGGAAGUUGAAGAAAUGGUUUUGCCAGAUGUAUUUGUGGAUCAACGGGAUACUGGCAGAAGUCUGAAGUGGGACGUAUUAGGUCAUUUCAGUGAGGCUGAACAUUCCACUGCAGUGUCAACAGUGUAAGAGGAAAAUCUGCUGGUACCCCAUUAAGCUUCUUAAGUCAAGAUGAUCAAAAAAACAGUCAGCAGAAUGACAGAAGACCUGUGUGGUAAUCAAUUGUGUAAUUGUUUCUUAUAGUUAAGGCAUUGGUUCCUCAGCAAAUGAAUGCCUGAAUGAGAUUGAUGCACAAUGUUGAUUUUUUUUUAUUAUUAUAUAUAGAUUGUUACUUAAAACUGAUGUGGAAGGUUGAAGAAAAAUUGUUGUUUUACAUGAUAAUUUUAUGUGGAUAGUUCACCAACAUGGCUUGGCGUUAUAAAUCACUUUAUAUACAAAUGUACAGUGAAUUCUAUAUGGAGUGAGUUACAUGUAAAAUAGAUAACAUGAUGGUAUUUUGCCGGAGAGAGAGAGAGGGAGAGAGAGUGCGUUUUAUGUUAUGUAGUAGUGGAUUGUAAUAAAUUGAAUCAUUGCUGUUUGUUGAUCUUAUUCAGAAGUUUAUCUCUAUCAUCGUUUAUCUACACCUUUAAAUCGUCAUUAUCUUUCACAUGUAGGUAGUUUAAGGUUGGCUAAUACCCCACAUAAUCGUACACAGUUUUAUACUUCUUUCCCUAGUGCAAUAUGAGACCAGUUGUAGUAUCUGCCAGCUCUGUAGUUUUCCAUGUGUGUACGUAAUAUACCAUUAACCUGGCAUCCAUAAUAUUAACUUGUAUACUUCAGGUAUGCAGUAUGUGUACAUUGUAAUAUAGACCAACUUAUGCUAAAGCCAUCUAUAAAAGUGCAUUAUGGAUAAAGUGCUGUAUUUGUUUUCAUUUUCUUUUUUCAGCUUUGAAUUUGGUGAUCAUUGACUGGAUACCCUAAAUGAUUUAAAAUUUUGC